AUGUCGAAAAUCAACAACCUUGAGUUUGCUGCCCUCAAUCUCUCCGGAGAUAAUUACCUCCAAUGGGCACUUGAUACCAAAAUUCUCUUGAGGUCUAAAAAUCUUGGUGAUACUAUCACUGAAGAUACUGAGCCAUCGGUUAAGAAUAAAUAUAUGGCCAUUGUGAUCAUUCGCCAUCAUCUGGCAGAAGGUCUUAAAGACCAGUACCUCACUAUUGAGGAUCCUCUGGAACUUUGGACAGAGUUGAAAAACAGAUAUGAUCAUCAGAAAACUGUGAUCCUGCCAAAGGCCCUUUAUGAUUGGAGGAACCUAAGAAUCCAAGACUAUAAGUCUGUGGAAGAGUAUAACUCGGUAAUGUUCAAGAUAGUCUCCAAGUUGAAAUUGUGUGGGGAGACUGUCACUGAUGCUGAUAUGCUGGAGAAAAACAUUCUCCACAUUCCACACCAGCAAUAUGUUGCUUCAGCAACAGUACCGAGAAAAGGGUUUCUCCACUUAUGCUGCCUUAAUCUCUUGUUUGUUGCUUGCUGA